AUCAACCCAAACAGUAAAGCAUUUUAUGAGGGCCUACAAGUGGACGAUACUCUGCUGACCAUCAAUGGGCAGCAGACUCGCGGAUUAAACCACAACGAGGUGCAAGCGCUCAUUAAGAACGCCACUACCGGCACACUGAGUCUCCUGAUACAGAGAGACAAGAACGCUGUUAACAACCACGUGAAUGGAGAUUACCAUCGGUCACCAGUAGGCCCAGCAUCAGGAUCUGAUGUCCAAGAUUCAUUUUCCACUCUACCUCCAUCGAAGCCUGGUCAGCCUUACACGUUUCCUGAUAAGCCGCAUGAACAUCGUCAGAAUGGUCCAUCCUCCAAUGAAUUCCAUGGAAUAGGCCACCCCACACAGAGAUCAG